AUGAAAAAAUUCACUCAGAGGGAUAAAAUCAGCUCACUCUUCGAUAAAGCAAAGUGCUCUUCAGCUACUCCCUUCGAGUUCGAGCAGUCUCAAAAAGCUUCCAGCAAUAGCCAAGGCUAUAGCUCAAUUCAAUCAAAAACUGAUGAAGAGCAAAAGGAGGUCAAAUUUUCAAUCUCAAAAUAAUUCGAAAUCAAAACAAAAAUCGCUCAAGAUGAGUGAGUUCACCAUAGAAUCUGACUUAAUCACAUCUGAAGAGGAAGUAAUUCUACAGGCCCAGAGGGCCUGUUCUACUAGCUCUAAAGAUAGCAUUCACACUUCAGAAUCAUGAGGUGACGGAAGCUAUAACUCUAGCAGUAUUAGCGGUUCCCCUCAAAGCAAAUAUAAUAGCUCAAGCAGUUAUACAGAAAAUUCUUCAAAAUAUCGCAGUACUUCCAGUGAAUAUCAAAGCUCAAGCUAUACCAGUGAUGGAGGUAUGACUGUGGACGAGUUAAUGCACAUAAGAAUUAGGAGAAGAUAGCUGCUCCAUCUCCUCCUUAUCUAUUUGAACAGAAUGAAUAAGAAGGACUACCUUGUAGAAUCUAA